GUUUCCACCACUUUCUUCAGGCCGUAGUUGCCUGUGGCCGAGCGUCUCUUCGCCCUCCCCCCGCCUCGCGCCACUUUGACAGUUUCUCCGUCGCUAGCUCUACCUACGAUCCUUUCUAGAUCCUUCGUAAUAAGGUUUCUCAGACCCUAGGCGUUAGCAGCGUCGGGUUGGCCCCGGAGACCCAAGCGAAGGCUACGUCUUGCACUCCUCCUCUAUCCACCGAACGGGGUCCGACGAAGUGAUCUCCUGGGGAGAUAGCAGCAGAAGCUACAAUGUUUAACUUCUUCCGAAAGCGGCCUGAGCCUAAGAAACCCUCAGUAGCAGAGACAGAAGCAGAUGGAUUUAUCUUUUUAGAUUCUGACUGCUCUGAGAAGAUUUGCAUUAACUCAUGUGGUGGUCACUCCCUAGGAUGUUUCUCUGGGUCUCCUCUUGCAGGAGAUACAACAAAUGAGCUACGAAGUAAAACUUCUGAGGUAGAAGGCAACCAACCUUCGGAGACCAGCAAAGAAAACUCAUCCAGUAUGACUGUAGCAAGCCCUGAGAUGGAAAAUAAGGCAGGCCAGAUGCUGGAGAACAGCUCACUGAUGGCAGAGCUCCUGAGCGACGUACCCUUCACCUUGGCCCCUCAUGUGCUGGCAGUGCAGGGCACCAUCAGCGACCUUCCUGACCACUUACUCUCCUAUGAUGUCAGCGAGAACCUGUCACGAUUUUGGUAUGAUUUCACUCUUGAAAACUCAGUGCUCUGUGAUUCGUAAUCUUCAUGUCUGUUUGUACCUAAGCUUUAAAAAAACAAAAAAAAAAUUACCUAUUUUAUUGAACCUGUUUGAUGUUCUUGACAGUUCACUCUUUAAAGGCCUACAGACAAGCAAGGAUCAUAAAGCCAAUAAAAUAGCAUUAUUUUCAAAGCCAACUUGUACAAAAUUUAACUUCAGUUCUAUUUCUGUCCCCCCAUGUAAUAAAUAUAAAAAUGAAGCUAUCAAGGUUUUAUGAGAAGAAUAGGUUGUUACAGCUGCUCUCUCAAAGUACUGUGAAUGUGACUUGAAGCUUUUGCCUGGGUUAUCACAACUUAGCCUGAGCUUAGAAUGAAUGGUAAGUCUUUUCUGAUUUUGAAAAAAGUCGAGUCUGUUAUUACAUUUUUUUCUGCCAUAGUGUCUAUGAAUGAGUUCAGAAAAAGUUUCCCUUUACUUCCUUCAGUCCCAAAGUUGACAAAGUGAUGUGGAAACUUAAAACCUGUCCUAAACACAGUUACAAUGUGCCAGCAUAGGACUGCUCUAAAUCAUUUGCAGGCUGUUUGUUGAGUGGCACAUUUCCAUUUUCUUAGACCCAGAGCAGCCCUUCCCACCUGUGUGAUUCUGGCCUUCUUAUUCUCUGACUUUCCUCCCCUUCCCAGCAUGCUUUCUCACCAUCCUUCCAAAGAACUUUGCUUCUGCCUCAGUUGGCAUCUGCUCUCCUUACCACAUGUUUCUAGUUUGUGGAGGAGCCACAUUUCCUUUCAACCUCUCAGCCUCCUAAAGGAAAACAUCUCAGAAUGACACUUAUUAUUGCUGAUAACACCAUUAUCUAGAAAUUUUUUGGCCACAAUACAGGUGGAAAGAUUUUACUAUUAUACAUACUCAACUCAUUUCCAAUUAAAGUGUAGGCAAAACACCUAGGUAAGACUUUUAGUUUUUAUUUAUUCCAAGUAAAACUGAGAGCUGCCAUUGGUCAGUAAGCUUAAAGGGAAGAUUGGCAUAUUGUGAUAGGGAAUUUUCUAUGCCAUGGAAAAUAAAAGUUGCAUUUAUUUAAUUAGUAGAAUAUGAUUUGCUGAUUUGGUGCCAAACUUGUAAGCAUAUUUUUUCAUAAAGAGAAAGUGCCAUAACAAAACUAAACAUUGUGUAUAUAGGUACAUGAAUUUUAAUAUGUUAUACAUGCUUGUUUAAUAAAUGUUGUAUGGUCUUAAUAAAAAUACUAUAUUAUGUAAAGUUAAAGGAAUAUUUCUAUUGACAAAAAUAGACUUCAUUUCAAAUUAAUGGUUAAAUUAAUUCUGAUAAUAGUUUUCAUAAAAUAUCAGUAUAGGGAAUAUGACUUAUCACUGACACAAAUGUGCUCUGUAUUGUGAAGAUACACCUUCUAAUAUUCAUGUUAAUGUAUUUUUAAAACAAUGUGAGCAACAUAGUCAACUUGUCUAGAAUAUGUUAAAUUUUCUCUAAACUAAUUACACAUUUUAUUUAUAUUUAUUUCUACCAUGUUUAUAAGUACUUAUAAAUAUUUGUUUACAAAA